AUAAAACCGUUAUCACUCAAAUGUUUAUCGUUGAUAAAGAAAAGGGAAGGUUCACACACAGUCUAUAUCAACGAACGUCCGCCGCCCGAUCGGAUUCAGUGUUAGUCGGUGGAGUGCAGCUCAUCCAGCCUAGCUAGCUAGUGAUUUACCCUAGUUCGUCUCAGUCGAAGUGUGAAUCUUGUGUGAAAACUCAAAUCAAAAUGUCCCAACUUCCAGUGUACAAUCCACCAUCGCCCUUCCUCGGAUACAUGCCGGCCGGGCUUGGCCUGUACCGCAAAGUGGUUAUUCGUGGCAAAAUGACUCACGAUCAGUUCAACAUCAAUCUCCAGUCGGGCCCGAACGUGAAUCCCCGUGACGACGCCCCCCUGCACAUCAGUAUUCGCCCGAGGGAUCAGGUCAUCGUACGUAACACCUACCAGUUCCGUAGCUGGGGCAUUGAGGAGCGCCACGGUGGCUGCCCGAUCCAGAAGCGAUCCUACUUCGACAUCCAGAUCACCGUGAAACCGGACACGUACAGCAUAGCGGUUAAUGGGUGCCACUUCUGCGAGUUUGCCCACCGGCAACCCUAUGCUUCGGUGCGAUUUGUCCACAUUGGCGAGGGGGCCCAGGUGGAUGCCAUCGUGAUGGAAUGAACUCACCACCGGCACCGGUUUAUGGACAAAGUUUAGGCGAUAAGAUUGUCGACACAUGCGAUAAGAUAGAGAGAAUGAUGGAAAGCUAAUCCGGGGACUUUUGUGUAUCGAGUUUGCAGCAGUCGAUGUUUUAACGUGUUGCAGAAAUUCCAGACGAUUGAUUGAUAACGAUAACGUGUGCGCGAUUUACAACCCUGGAGAUGUCAUCGGAAAUAAAAGCUCGUAAAUGGAGUUCGUCUAUAAAACUGCUCUCAGUUUAAUCGUUUCUCUAUGGAAAAAGAUUUUGUUUGCAUUUUUUAGUGUUUAAAGUAUCACCUGUUACGCUACAGAAAUAAAGUUCCGUAAUUUAACUAUA